AUUGAAUGAUAGCAUCUGGUUUCUCAACGGAAUUCAUUCAAAUUGCUACGAAACAACACAUGACGACAAGCGCAUGCGUCAAAUGAAGAACAGCUGAUUUCGAUUGUCAAUGUUUUUGUUUGUAUUCUCUGUGCGAAGUAAAAAAGAAAUAAAUUGCUUCGGUGAAGCAAUUCACUUCAUUUGGAACUGGAAUUGACGAAUUUUGUUCAAUUAUGGAGAUAUUCCAGGUGAUUUCUUUGUUUUAUUCUUUUAUAAAUGUGAAAUUUUUUUCAUUCUAAUUUUUAGUAUUUGAAUCAAAACUUCAAAUCCAAAGAAAUAGCUAUCCUAAGCUGACGGAGGGAAGAAUCCAUGAAUUGCUGUAACACAAUUACUCCAUUAAGUAUACUCAAAAUCAAAGAAAAACCCAUGAAAAUGAGUGUUAAAAGGACUAAAAGAUAUGAAUCACCUCACGAAUCAAAUGACACGACAAUCAAAAGUGAUUCCAUUGAAGAGAUGCAUACGGCUCUCUUCCAACUAAACAUCGAUUGUUUCGAAGCAAUUUUUGAGUAUUUAUCGUUAAAAGAUCUGCAUUCAUUUGGCCAAACGUGCAAAGCAAUGCAACAAAUGGCCGGUGGCUAUUUCCAUCGGAAUUUUAAAUCAGCUGAAAAGUUCAGCGCCAACGAUGCCAUUUACAUGGUCUAUUCAAACAAUGACGGUGUAUCAAAUGAACGUAUUCAAACGUCCAGUUUCAACCAGUUUAUUAAUUACAUAUCACACUACUAUGAAGAAAUGGAACCACUUCAUUACAUUCAUUCGCAUAGUGAUGAGUUUACUGCAAUCAAUCGUAUUUAUCUUGUGUGCCUUGCAAUAAAUCCGACCAAAAUCGGGUACCUACAGAAAAUACUUUCGAAAAUAAACGUGGUGCAACUAAGGCAGUGUACAUUAAUAGGUGAUUUCUAUGAAACUCUCUUGAGUCAUUGUAAGCAAUUGAAGCGUCUCUAUGUGCAAGAUGACCUUGGUGAUAUCAUUGAUGAAAGUGGAAAUCCUUGGCUACUCCGGCAGUAUCCGACACUCGAACUCUUCCAACUCACUCUGCGUUAUCCAUUCCGAAUUUUGGAAUUGAGCACGUUUUUUGAACGAAAUCCGAAUGUUCGCUCUUUUUCGACAAGUUCGCGUUGUCUAUGGGAAAAUCGGCAUGAGCUGUUGAAGUGCAAGGCAGAACUUGACCGUCUGGAAAUUGAAAUGCUCGACAAUUUUUAUCGACAACUCAUUGAUAUGCAACUGAUUUGUGAGCUGCUGAACCAACUCUAUGAGCGUGGAUUUUAUCAACGAUUGCAUUUAUUCGUGAAACGCGUCGACCAAAAGUGCAGCGAACAAUUGGCAUCGGUUUAUGGUCUCGAGUGUUUAUCGAUUAGACAGUUUAGUAGAAGCUACAGCUUGCCGCUAUUGACCAAUUUGAAAGUGCUAACCAUUUUGAACGGAUCAAAUACCAACGAUAUGGAUAUUUUAGCAAAAAAUCUCGUGAAUAUCGAACGGAUUUGUUUUCAAAACGCAACUCACAGUGAUAUUUUACCCUUUAUUCGUCGCUCAGUCAGAUUAAACAAGGUGAAAUUUGUGCCUACAGCCAACGAAGCCAUUCUCAAAUUAGCCAAAUUGAAUGUAGAACGUGUAAAACUGGCUGGAGCACGCAAAAUAACAAUUUAUGUCCCAGAUAACGUUUUCCUGGCAACGAAAUGGACUGCCAAAAAUGGUGAAAUCAACUUGAAUAUGAUUGAAAUGAAACGAGCUGACUCAUACGAAUGGGAUCAACAUUAUUAAACGAUAUUUUUUGCAUUUUUAAAU